UCGAGACAAGAGCAGCAGCAGCAACUUCACCAGGGGCCGAAGAAAACCACCAUGAUGAAACCCAGACGCCCCCAGCCCUCCCUCCUCUUCCUCCUCCUCGCCGUCCUCCGGUUUGUUUACGGACAGUAUGAAUAUCUGGGCUACCCUGCCAACUACCCCGACCCGCAGCACGAGCAGUACCAGCCCCCCCAGCUCUCCCCGGACGUCCCCAGGAUCCAGCUGCGUUUGGCGGGGGACAAGCGUAAACACAACGAGGGCCGCGUGGAGGUGUUCUAUGACGGACAGUGGGGGACGGUGUGUGAUGACGAUUUCACCCAGCACGCGGCCCAGGUAGUGUGCAGGGAGCUGGGGUACAUGGACGCCGUCUCGUGGUCCCCGUCUUCAAAGUAUGGCAAAGGAGAAGGGCCCAUCUGGUUUGACAACCUCCACUGCACAGGACAGGAGAAGACCCUGGCCCAGUGCCCCUCCAACGGCAUCGGCGUGUCAGACUGUAAGCACUCCGAGGAUGUGGGAGUGGUCUGCAGCGACAAGAGGAUACCUGGGUUCAAAUUCAUCAACUCUCUGGCCAAUCACAUAGAGAGCCUUGACAUCCAGGUGGAGGACGUGCGUAUCCGAGCCAUCCUGUCGUCCUACAGGAAGAGGGUGCCCGUCACCGAGGGUUACGUGGAGGUCAAAGAUGGCGGCCGCUGGAAGCAGAUCUGCGACGCUGAGUGGACUCAACACAACAGCCGUGUGAUCUGUGGCAUGUUCGGUUUCCCAGGGGAGAGGAAGUACAACGCCAGAGUAUACAAGAUGUUCGCGCGCAGGAGGAAGCCCACGUUCUGGGACUACGCGGUGAACUGCACGGGCACGGAGGCGCACCUGUCCAGCUGUAAACUGGGCACACAGCAGACGCCGCUGGUGAAGGCCAAUGGGACGUGUGCGGGGGGGCUGCCCGUGGUGGUGAGCUGUGUUCCCGGGCGAGCCUUUGCACCCACCCCCAUGACGGGCUUCAGGAAGGCCUUCAGGCAGGAGCAGCCCCUGGUACGUCUGCGAGGAGGGGCCAUCGUGGGAGAGGGCCGCGUGGAGGUGCUGAAGAACGGGGAGUGGGGCACCAUCUGUGACGACCGCUGGGACCUGAGCUCCGCCACUGUGGUGUGCAGAGAGCUGGGCUACGGCACCGCCAAAGAGGCCCUGUCCGGAGGGAGGCUGGGACAAGGUAUGGGUCCGGUGCACAUGAACGAGGUCCAGUGCUCCGGCUUUGAAAAGUCCAUCACAGAAUGUGCCUUUAACAAAGAGACGGCCGACUGCAGCCACGAGGAGGACGCAGGAGUCCGCUGUAACGUACCGCACAUGGGCUUUCAGGAGAGGCUGCGUCUGAGCGGGGGCCGGUCUCCGUACGAGGGCCGGGUGGAGGUGCUGACGGAGAAGAACGGCUCUCUGGUCUGGGGCACAGUGUGCAGUCAGGGCUGGGGAGUCAUGGAGGCCAUGGUGGUCUGCAGACAGCUCGGACUGGGCUUCGCCAGCAACGCCUUCCAGGAGACGUGGUACUGGGCGGGGCAGGUGAGCGCAGACGCUGUGGUGAUGAGUGGAGUCAAAUGCUCCGGUACAGAGAUGUCCCUGUCCCACUGUCUGCACCACGGAGCGCACCUGCAGUGUCCCAGAGGAGGGGGGCGCUAUUCAGCCGGGGUCUCCUGCUCAGAGACGGCCCCAGACCUGGUGCUUAACCCUCAGGUGGUGGAGCAGAGCACGUACAUGGAGGACAGACCCAUGUUCAUGCUGCAGUGUGCCUAUGAGGAGAACUGCCUGGCCUCCACCUCCAGCUCUGUGCCCGCCAACUCCUACCGCCGCCUGCUACGGUUCUCCUCACAGAUCCACAACAACGGACAGUCCGACUUCAGGCCCAAAGCCCACCGCGAGAGCUGGGUCUGGCACGACUGUCACAGACACUACCACAGCAUGGAGGUGUUCACGCUCUACGACCUGUACAGCCUCAACGGGACCAAAGUGGCUGAGGGACACAAGGCCAGCUUCUGCCUGGAGGACUCCGAGUGCGACGAAGGUAUUGAGAAGCGCUAUGAAUGUGCAAACUUCGGGGACCAGGGGAUCACGGUGGGCUGCUGGGACACGUACAGACACGAUAUCGACUGUCAGUGGGUGGACAUCACUGACGUCAAACCCGGAGACUACAUCUUCCAGAUCGUGAUAAACCCAAACUACGAGGUUCCCGAGUCAGAUUACUCCAAUAACAUCGUGAAGUGCAGGUGUCGAUAUGACGGACAUAGGAUCUGGAUGUACAACUGUCACAACGGCGGUUCCUUGAGCGAGGAGACCGAGCAGACAUUCCCCGGUCUCCUCAAUAACCAGGUCACACACAGGUAAAGACCACAGCAGAACUCAACCAGAUCCACACAUCCAUGGACCCAGAGAACCACAGAACCGGACCGGAGAGGAGAGGAAUCUGCUGGGUCCAAGUCUCCAGAACCCAGGACUGAAGCAUCUGAAGCAACUUAAAGGGGGACUCCAACAGAACAAAACAAACCAACAGCUACACUUCACUCUCUUCUCACUGGACUUCAUUUGGGUUUCCUGCCUGUUGCAAAGAGACUGGGUUAUUAUUAGACCCUUUCGUCGCCGUGGAGAUCGUGGAUAACUUAAGAUGUUUUCAGUGCAGUUUGAAAAGCCCCUCACGUGUGUCUAUCUGCAUUCAUACUUUUCUUCCUCUGACAAAACGCUGCUACGUCGCCAUUCUCGCCUUACCUCAGGUCCACGGUUUUAAUCUGCGUCGUUCGGGCCAGAAAAAUACUCUUUGUUCUCAUGUCAGCACUCUUUUACAGUUAAAUUAAUCAUGAUAGAAAAUAGAAGUGAUUUAAAAGUACUCAUAAAACUCGUACAAUUGAUUCUGGCUGAGCUCAGAUUUUUUUUCACUCCAAAACGUUGCAUAGUGAAUAGGGAAAGGAAUGGAAUGUUUUUGCUUAUUGCAUUCUGGCGCCCCCUUCUGGCAUUUUAAUAUUUUACUCUUAUAAAACCGUGAGUCAUUCUUCUUAGGUAAAUACCAAAGCAGAGAUGUAGUAAUGAUACUUACGUCUGAAUAAAGUAGGUUUGUGGUGCACUAUGUACAGUAUGUUCUCAUGUAGAGGUUCCACAGUACGGCAUUAAACGUAGCCAUCUAGCACUUAUUUAUUUGCGGGUGUUUUAUCGGAGAUCAGAACAGUUUAAAGGCACCAUGUGGAGUUAAACUGGCUGACCCGCCCCUGUCGCAUUCUCACAUAGCUCCACUAGAUCAUUAUCAGGGGCCGUCCACGCGACAAAACGGUCAAAACGGAGAAGUUUGUAUUCGUUUUGGCCUUUCGUCCACACGGAGCCAGAGUUUUUUGAGAACGGGUUCCAGAGUGGAGAAAUCUGAUGUUGUUGUGUGGACGAGCAAACCGCAGCUUUUGGAAAACGAUGACGUCACGAUCCCGUCAUCGCCAGAGUCCUCCAAUGCAGCGAAGCCCCCAGCCCUCGAACUCUCCUCCACAGACCACAAGAGCUUUGUCAAAAUGGGACAGGUGUAGCCUACAGAGCUGCUCCUGUCACCCAGCAUCUGAGACACACUAACAACACACACCACAGAUUACGUCAGUGUUGGGAAGGUUAUUUUUCAAAUGUAUCCCCCUGCAGAUUACAGAUUACAUACACCAAAAU